GGGAAAGACGUGCGCAUCGAGGUGUACAGCGAGGGGGGGCAGACGGAAAAGCUUCUCUUCGCGCUGGAGUCCGUGAAGAAAAGCAUGGCUUGGGAUGAAAAGGUUUUUGGAUUGGAGUACGAUUUGGAUGUCUUUUCGGUUGUUUGCGUUAGAGACUUCAAUAUGGGGGCAAUGGAGAACAAGGGCCUCAACAUCUUCAACUCCUCGCUGUUGCUGGCAGACCGCAAAACUACCACCGAUGCCGAAUACGAGAGAAUUCUGGGAGUUGUAGGACACGAAUACUUCCACAACUGGACGGGCAACAGGGUAACCUGCAGGGACUGGUUCCAGUUGACAUUGAAAGAGGGGCUGACGGUGUUUCGGGAUCAGCUGUUUUCUGCGGACAUGUGUUCGGCGGCUGUGAAGAGGAUUGAAGAUGUGACGUUUUUGCGAGCACAUCAGUUUCCCGAGGAUAGCGGUCCGAUGAGUCAUCCUAUCCGGCCCGAGACGUACAUUGCUAUGGACAACUUUUACACCUUUACGGUGUAUGAGAAAGGCGCAGAAGUGAUUCGCAUGCUGCACACACUGCUAGGCCCCGAAGGUUUCCGAAAGGGCAUGGACCUUUACUUCAAGCGUCACGAUGGUCAGGCGGUGACAUGCGAUGAUUUUAGAGCAGCCAUGGCAGACGCGAACGGCCGUGACUUUUCGCAGUUCGAGCGAUGGUACUCCCAGUCGGGCACGCCGGAAGUAGAAGUCUUGGAGCAACAGUAUGACGCGUCCGCCCGUCGAUACACCUUGCGCUUGAGGCAGCACACGCCUUCUACGCCAGGCCAGAAGGGCAAAUUGCCCUUGGUUAUUCCCAUUAAGGUGGGACUUAUCGGCAAAAAUAGCAAGAAGGACCUCCUCACGCCCCCUACUCAGGUACUGGAAUUCACGGAACGCGAGCAGAGCUUCGAGUUCACGGACAUCAACGAGCCGUGUGUUCCCUCCCUCUUUAGAGACUUUUCAGCUCCCGUGAAAGUCUUGCCGUACAGAACAGACGAAGAUACGGCCUUUCUUAUGGCGUUCGACUCCGACCCUGUCAACCGAUGGGAUGCCUCGAACACCCUCGCCUUCAAGCUCCUCCUGGAGCGCAGCAAAUUCCUCAGCAGCAACAACCUCGCCCAAGAGGGCAUGCCGCCACUCUCCAAGAUCUACACCGAGGCCUUUAGGACCACCCUUGCCGACGAGCAGUGCGAUAGAUCCAUCAAGGCCCUGACUCUGCAGCUGCCUUCCUGGGAAGUCCUCUCUCAAGAAAUGAGUCCUAUAUAUCCAGACGCGCUGCAACUGGCCCUCAAGACUGCCCGUUUGGAGCUGUAUUCUGCGUUCAAGUCUGAGCUCUCUGCUCUGUAUGAGCGGCUCACACUGCCCGAGGAUGACGCGGAGGAAGCCCUUGACGCAGCCAAUGUUGCAAGGCGAAGACUUCGAAACGUAGUUCUCCGACUCUUAUCAGCCCCCGGAGAUGAGGAGGCAGCAGCAAGAGCUUACAACCACUUCACAGCUAGCAAGUGCAUGACAGACCGGUACGCUGCACUCCUCGCGCUAGCGGAUAUGCCCCAGCCGCAGAGGGAGAAGGCGCUCGAGGAAUUCUUUCAAGAGGCAGCUGGUAAUCCGCUCAUGCUGGACAAGUGGUUCAGAGCACAGGCAGGCUCAGACCUAGACGACCAGGUCGAGAGGGUUGCUGAAUUGCAAAAACACAGCGCCUUUACCUCGAAGAGCCCCAACAGGCUGAGAUCCCUCUUUAGUGCUUUCGUCUUUAAUAGGCCGCAUUUCCACAGGGCAGACGGCAAGGGUUACAAGCUCAUCAGUGACGUCGUUAUCGAGGUGGAUGCCUUUAACCCCCAGGCAGCGGCACGUUUGGCAGGCGCAUUCCUGCAAUGGCAGCGCUUCGAUACGGAUCGCCAGGAGCUGAUGAAAAAGCAGCUGCGGAGGAUCAAAGAGGCCCCCGGGCUGUCUCCUGAUACUCUCGAAAUUGUGCAGAGGGCACUGAAGCCCGCAGAGGAGCAGACAGCGACAGCUUAA